UAUUUUCUGGGUAAAUUCAUAUAAUACACACAAGUUAGUUCUUAGGGUUUUGUUUCUUCUUGAGUGAUUUGUUAUUGAGAGUUGAAUAGAUAGCAUUCUUCGUUGAUUCAAGGGAGAUCAGUGCCGUAGAGAAAACAAUGCCAAAGGCGAGACGAGACAACUCAGUGUCCACCGAUAAGUCCCGGCAUUCUCCAUACAAAUGCAACACCAACACCGGUCAUUCAAAGCGAUUAGAAAAAGAUCAAAAUCUGAAAGAAUGGGAAGAAGCUCGAUGCCCUGUAUGUAUGGAACACCCUCACAACGCAAUCCUUCUCUUAUGUUCUUCAUACGACAACAAUUGUCGCCCUUACAUGUGUGACACAAGCCUCCGCCACUCCAAUUGCUUCAACCAGUUCCGUAAGUCCUUUGAAAAUCCGGCCACCACCGGUGAACCACCGUCCACCGCCACCGUCCAGGAAUCAAAAGUGGUAUGUCCGCUCUGUCGGGGGCAUGUGAAAGGGUGGGCGGUGGUGGAAGCCGCCCGUGAGUUCAUGAACACGAAAUCAAGAAGCUGUACAAGUGAAACGUGUCAGUUUUCAGGGAUGUAUUCGGAUUUAAGGAGGCACGCGAGGGUGGUGCACCCUCUGGUAAGACCAUCGGAGGUUGAUCCGAGGCGGCAGCAGGAGUGGCGGCGGCUGGAAGGAGAGAGCGAUCUUUUGGAUUUUUUGCGGACACUUGAAUCAACAUUGAGGGCUUAUGUGGUUAGUAUGUCUAGACCGGGAAACGGUUCGAGAAGGUCUCGAGCAAGGGCUCGGGACGCGGUUGUUGGUGAGAGUUAGGAUGAUAAUGGGUUGUCCGAUGGUGUUGAUGAUGAUGAUGAUGAUGAUGACGAUGAUGAUGAAUGUUGAAAGAUGUGAAAUAUAUUGUAAAAAGACUUUAUCAGGAGUUAAUUGAGAUGGUGUUUUGUUUCAUCUUUCAUGUGAACAUGAAUUUGGGUUUAUCAUAUUUUGCGAUUUACUGAUGAGAAAA